AGGUCUGUAUAUGAUGACCAGCCAAAUGCACAUCAGAGGUUUAUGGAAAAGCUCGAUGCCUGCAUACGUAACCAUGACAGGGAGAUAGAAAAGAUGUGCAAUUUUCACCAUCAGGGCUUUGUGGAUGCUAUUACAGAACUUCUUAAAGUUAGGGCUGAUGCAGAAAAAUUAAAGGUCCAAGUUACUGAUACCAACCGAAGGCUUCAGGAUGCUGGGAAAGAGGUGAUAGCCCAAACAGAGGAAAUCAUCCGAUGUCGAGUUCAGCAACGGAAUAUUACAACAGUUGUGGAAAAACUGCAGUUGUGUCUUCCAGUGCUAGAAAUGUACAGCAAACUUAAAGAACAGAUGAAUGUGAAAAGAUACUAUUCUGCUUUAAAAACAAUGGAACAGCUAGAAAAUCUCUAUCUUCCAAGAGUUAGCCAAUACCGAUUUUGCCAGAUAAUGAUAGAAAAUCUUCCAAAACUGCGUGAAGAAAUAAAAGAAAUAUCCAUGUCAGAUCUCAAGGAUUUCUUAGAGAGUAUUCGAAAGCAUUCGGACAGAAUUGGGGAAACUGCCAUGAAGCAGGCACAGCAGCAGAAAACCUUUAGUACCAUUCUUCAGAAGCAGAAUAAUGUAAAUUAUGGUCGGAAUAUGCGUUUAGGUAGGAGCAGAAUUUUGGAAUCCAAGAAUGAAAUUACAUUGAAGCGAACAUUUGAAGAUGAUGAUGAACACGAAGAAGAGGUUUUAACUGCCCAAGAUCUUGUAGACUUUUCUCCAGUCUAUAGGUGCUUGCAUAUCUACUCAGUUUUGGGUGAUGGAGAAAUAUUUGAAAAUUACUACAGAAAACAAAGAAGGAAACAAGCAAGAUUAGUUCUGCAGCCGCAGUCAAGCAUGCAUGAAACAGUAGAAGGCUAUAGAAGAUACUUCAGUCAAAUUGUAGGUUUCUUUGUAGUAGAAGAUCACAUUUUACAUGUAACCCAAGGACUGGUAACUAGAACAUAUACUGAUGAACUCUGGAACAUGGCCCUUUCCAAGAUUAUUGCUGUUCUUAGAACACAUUCGUCAUAUUGCAGUGAUCCUGACCUUGUUCUGGAACUGAAGAAUCUCAUUGUAGUAUUUGCUGAUACUUUGCAGGGCUAUGGUUUUCCUGUGAACCGACUAUUUGAUCUUUUAUUUGAGAUAAGAGACCAGUACAAUGAAACACUUCUUAAAAAGUGGUCUGGAUUGUUCAGGGAUAUUUUUGAAGCAGACAACUACAGCCCUAUUCCUGUAGCAAAUGAAGAGGAAUACAAAAUAGUUAUAAGCAAAUUUCCUUUUCAAGAUCCAGAACUUGAUAAGCAAUCCUUUCCAAAGAAGCUUCCAAUGUCUCAGUCAGUGCCUCAGAUUUAUAUCCAGGUUAAGGAAUUUAUUUAUGCAAGCCUUAAGUUUUCAGAGUCACUUCACCGCAGCUCAACAGAAAUAGAUGAUAUGCUCAGAAAAUCUACGAAUUUGCUGCUUACAAGAACUCUAAGUAGUUGUUUACAGAACCUGAUUAAAAAGCCCCAUAUAGGUUUAACAGAGCUUGUCCAAAUCAUCAUAAACACAACACACCUGGAACAAGCCUGUAAAUACCUUGAGGAUUUUAUAUCUAACAUUACAAAUAUUUCACAAGUGACAGUUCACACUUCAAGACUUUAUGGACUUUCUACAUUUAAGGAUGCAAGGCAUGCUGCAGAAGGAGAAAUAUACACAAAACUCAAUCAAAAAAUAGAUGAAUUUAUUCAGAUUGCUGAUUAUGAUUGGACAAUGUCUGAAUCAGAUGGAAGAGCCAGUGGAUACCUAAUGGACCUUAUUAACUUUUUAAGAAGCACGUUUCAAGUUUUUACUCAUUUACCUGGAAAAGUGGCCCAGACAGCUUGCAUGUCAGCCUGCCAGCAUCUUUCAACAUCCCUAUUGCAGAUGCUACUGGACACUGAAUUAAAACAAAUAAGCAUGGGAGCAAUUCAGCAGUUUAAUUUAGAUGUGAUACAGUGUGAAUUGUUUGCUAGUUCUGAGCCUGUGCCAGGAUUCCAGGGAGACACCCUGCAGUUAGCUUUCAUCGACCUCAGACAACUUCUCUGAACAAGCAGAGGAGCGUGGUACAUCUGUAACAUGAAGCCCAGCCUCAGGGUGCAAUGUAAUGGGAUUUGUGCUUCUCUAGGUUUCAGUGCAAUGCUGCUUAUUCAGCUAAAGAAAGGAGCUCAGAUUUCAGACAGCAACAGAACAGGAGUUGCAUCUCUCUGGAUUUCACACCAUAGGUCCUCCUCACUUUGCUGUGGGGGGAAGGCAAUACUUUUGCUGGCCUUCUCUAUAAAUUGACUGCACUAAAGCAGGAGGAGGGCUUGAGGCACACUGUGAGCAGAACAGGUACAAAUCAAAGCUCAGUAUCUCACAUAUUUGCAUCAUACAGGGGUGGCAUGCAUAUGCAUACCUGUGUUCAAAACGACACAGGUAUUUGAGUGUGAUUGCAUGCUAAACUGUUAUCUGGCUUGCAGGGGACACGCAGUGUCUUUUCAGAGCACUAUAUUCUUGCAAGUAAAUAGGAAUUCUUC